AUUUGUGUUUUUCGCGGAGGUGGACGAGCAGACAGAGAGCAGCUGUACUCAGGAAAAUCCCUGAAGGAGGAAGAACAGAUCAGCCUCGUGCUGCAAGAAGCUGAGCCUUCAUCAGCCUCAUCCUCUCUACCUUCCUCUUCAUCAGCGUGUCUGCUGCGUCAUGGCCGGGGGUCUCAGGAUGAGUGAAGCUCACUUCCUCUACGCCGCCGACCAUGACCUGGGGCUGAAUUUCAUGCCGUAUGAGUACAUUGCUCCUCCGGUGGAGAUAAAGACUGAACCCUACAUACCUGAGACAGCUCAUGGUCCUUACAUCCAGAUCAUAGAAGAGCCCAAACAGAGGGGCUUUCGUUUCCGGUAUGAGUGCGAGGGUCCGUCCCAUGGCGGGCUUCCAGGGGCCUCAAGCGAGAAGAACAGAAGAACCUACCCAACCGUGAAGAUUAAUAACUACGUGGGUCACGCCCGGGUGGAGGUCCAGCUGGUGACCCACACCGACCCUCCUCGUGUCCACGCUCACAGUCUGGUGGGACGUCACUGCACCGAUAAGGGCACCUGCACGCUCGACGUUGGCCCCAACGACCUCACCGCCUCGUUCAGUAACCUGGGGAUCCUCCAUGUGACCAAGAAAGGUGUCGUUGAGAUUUUGUACAAGAGGCUGAAAGAUGAGAGGAAGAGACAGAAAGGACCACACAGCACCCUGACAGAAGUGGAGGAAAGCACCUGUAUGAAGGAGGCCAAGGAGCUGGGGAAGGUGAUGGACCUGAACAUCGUCAGGUUAAAGUUCACCGCCUACCUGCAGGACAGUAACGGAGGAUUCACCAGAGCGCUGAAACCUGUCGUCUCCAACCCCAUCUAUGACAGCAAGUCUCCAAACGCCUCCAACCUGAAGAUUUCCCGGAUGGAUAAGACGUGCGGCACGGUGAUCGGAGGAGACGAGAUCUUCCUGCUCUGUGACAAAGUCCAGAAAGAUGACAUCGAGAUCCGUUUUUAUGAGGAAGACGAAGAUGGAGGCUGGGAGGCGUUCGGUGACUUCUCACCUACCGACGUCCACAAACAGUACGCCAUCGUGUUCAGAACGCCGCCGUAUCACAGCACGGAGAUCGAGCGGCCCGUCACCGUCUUCCUGCAGCUGAAGAGGAAGAAGGCAGGCGACAGCAGCGACCCUAAACAGUUCACCUACAUACCACAGGUCCAAGACAAAGAGGAGGUGCUGAGGAAGAAGCAGAAGCCGCUGCCUCACUAUGAACCCUGGAGAGGAGGAGGAGGACGAGGCGGAGGAGCCGGAGGUUUCGGGGGUGGAGGAGCUGGAGGAGGAGCUGCUGGAGGAGGAGCUGCUGGAGGAGGAGCUGGAGGAGGAGCUGGAGGAGGAGGAUUCCAGUUCAACCAGCAGAUGAACGGAGCAGGAGGAGGAACAGGAGGAGUUUACUUUACCGGAGGUUUCACAGGCUUCAGCGGCGGGGGAGCGACUCAGAUGCCAGGCUCCACCCCUCAGACAGCUGUUACCCAGCAACAAGCUGAUGGACAGACUGGAGGACAGACUACACAGACUGAACAGACUGAACAGAAUGGACAGAAUGAAGGACAGAACAGACAGACUGGACAGACUGGGUCACCACUACAGCAGCAGCUGUUUCAGAUCGCUGCAGCCCUUCACAGCAGACCGUCUCAGAGCGCCAGGCAGACCACUGCUGCCCUGCUGCAGUACUGCAGCACCGGGGACGCCCGGGUCCUUCUGGCCAUCCAGAGGCACCUCUGUGGCGUCCAGGACAGGAACGGAGACACUCCUUUGCACCUGGCCAUCAUCCACCAGCAGACGGCUGUGAUCCAGCAGCUGAUCCACACUCUGCUCAGCAGUCAGCAGCAAAACAUCCUCAACAUGGCAAACCGCCUCCAGCAGACUCCUCUCCACCUGGCAGUGAUCACCCGGCAGGUGAAGGUAGUGGAAGUGUUGCUGAGGGCAGGGGCCGACCCCAGCCUGGUGGACAAAGACGGACGCAGCCCCCUCCACCUGGCAGCGCUGGCCGGAGAUUACAACACACUGCGCACGCUGCUGGCUCACCUGGGAGAACGCCACGCCCACCUGGUCAACACCCCUGACUUCCACGGUCUUCACCCUCUCCACCUGGCGGUGAGGAGGGACGGUGAGCGCUGCCUCCGCCUGCUGGUGGAGAGCGGAGCCAAGAUCAACGCGCUCGAGCUGAAGAGCGGAAACACCGCCCUCCACCUGGCCAUCAAAGAAAACCUGUUCAAGGUGGCGUGCAUGCUCAUCACAGAGCUGAAGUCGGACGUUAACGCCUGCACCUUCGGAGGAAACACGCCGCUCCACCUGGCAGCCAGUCUGGGCUCCCCGACCCUCUGCGCCAUGCUCAUCGCUGCAGGUGCUGACAAGAACGUGGAGAACGACGAGCCGCUGUUCUUCAGCGACUCCAGUGAGGAGGAAAAAGACGAAGAAGAACCGAUGGCAGAGCAGGUCAGAGAGCCGGAGGCCGCCACCUCACAGCCAAUCAACCCUCGCAAGAGACCUGCGGGACACACCCCCCUGGACCUGACCAAGUGCACCAAGGUGAGGAACCUGCUAACCUCCAAACAGAGUCCGAAGUCGAGUCGUAAAAGGAUCAAACCGAGCAGCAGUGAAGAGGUGGAGGCUUCGGGUCUGGACGAGGAGACGCUGUCCCGACUAGUGGAGGUGCUGAGCAUCGGAGACGUUCCCUGGAAGAAACUGGCGGAGAAGCUGGGGAUGAUGACGCUGACUCACCUGUACCAGGACAGUCCUACGCCCUGCCGCCACCUGCUGCAGCACUACAAGCUGGGGGGGGGUCCCGUCGAAGGUCUGGUCGAAGCUCUUCAGUCUCUGGGUCUGUCCGAAGGCGUCCGGCUGCUGAGGAACACCACGCUACGAGACGACAAACACAGCACAGACACCACGGUCGACAGCGGCUUUGGCAGCCAGCCAAUGGAAGAAGAGGAACCGUCCGCAGCCAAUCAGUGAUGAGCAGGAAAUGGAACGGGAGGCGGGAGCAGCUUCGUUAACAUCAUCUCAUCCUGAACCAGGACUCUGCAGAGCUGGACUUUAAUGUGCAGACUGAAACCACGCCGACAUGCUAACGAUGCUAACGUGGGAGAGCUCGCAGCUUUUCAACAGUUACCGAAAACAUGAGUUUUAAAAAUGAAUUGAAGUGCGUUUUAAAUAAAAAGUCAAAUAACAGGUUCAAAUGAAUUAUUUGAGCACAGGAUGUAACAUAGGUAUCAAAGGUUUUUGUCCGUUUUUCCAUUUUUAGCUUCUUUCCAUUUUUCAUUAAUUUAUAUUUUGUUCUUCUUGUAAUUAUUUCAGUUUAAUUCUGUGCGUUGUUUAAUGACAGUCUGGAGUCCUCAAGUUUCACUGAACGACACCUUGAAAGUCCUUAAAUUUUCCUCCCAGGACAGACUUUCACCUGAACUAUUUCCUGUUGAGUGUUUGGAGGGUGAACAUUAGCCGUAAACCUGUGUUGUGUUCAGAGUGUGUGUCGUGUGUUACCUUGUUAACUUGACAACCGAGAAGCUGCGACCCGAAGAGCUGAUCUGCUUUUUCACCUCGAUGGAAAAUGGAAUUUCCAAUUUCCUGUUCGCUCUGGAACGCAGCGCGUCUCACCUGUUACAGCCCGAGCAGUGAGGUCAUCAGAGGUUACUCACCUGGUUCUCUGUCCUUCAGUGUGUGACACCUCUUCAGCUUUCAUUCAGUGACAUCAGACAUUGUAUGGAAGCUGAUUCAUGCCAGAAAAACAAAUGUUAAUGUUAAAUGUGAUGAAUGACAAAUAAAGAAUAACUCUGUAAGUAAAA